GGCAAAGAAAGAGAGACAUAAAACUGAUUACAAAGCACCGUCUAAUGUUCUCAUGAAUACUUGUGUGCUGUUAUUUCUUUGAUGAAGCAAGGCGUGAAGAUACUAGUUUUUGAUUCAAGUUUUGUUUUUUAACCGUGAAACUCAUUUUGUGGAAUUGCUCAGGAUUAAAUCAAAGUUGAACUUCUUGAAAAAGCGAUUUUCACAAUGAAGCACGUGUAUCUGCUGGUUUUCGUUUCUCUAUUAGCUCUGUCAGAAAGAGUCCUGAUGAAAACUACCUGUGGACCUGGAUACAUUACAUAUACAAGAAUGUGUAUAGAUGAAGAUGAGUGUCAAGAUAAAGAUAUAUACUGUGGAGAUAAUGCAGAUUGCUACAACACUAUAGGUAGCUACUACUGUCAUUGUCAAAAAGGAUUUAAUCCAACUGGAAACUUUACAGCAGACACUCAAACAAAAUGCCAAGACUUCAAUGAAUGUAAAGAGUACAGCAUUGAUUGUGGUCCUAAUGCAAUCUGUCAAAAUACUGUAGGAAAUUAUACAUGCUUAUGUGAUACUGGCUACAUUGCCAACAAUAAUGCAGAGACAUUUAUGGACAGACAAGGAGUUCAGUGUAUUGACAGAAAUGAGUGUGAAGAUUCUGGUUUCUGUGGUAUAAAUGCGAGAUGUCAUAACACCCCGGGCAGUUACUACUGCACAUGUGCUCCAGGCUUCAGACUGAGAUCAGGACAAACUAACUUCACUGAUCCCAGUACAGACAGCUGUGAAACUGACAUAUGUUACGCUGAUAAAUCUGUCUGUGGAGAAGGAUUCUGUAAAAACAGCAAAGAUGGCCAUGAAUGUGAAUGCAAGCCAGGAUUCACCAACCAUGGACAAAAACAAAUGAAAUGCACAGCUGACAUAUGUUACAAUAAUACAUCUAUCUGUGGAGAAGGAUCCUGUAAAAACAGCAAUGAUGGUCAUGAAUGUGUAUGCAAGUCAGGAUUCACCAACCAUGGACACAAACAAAUGAAAUGCACAGACAUAAAUGAGUGUGACAAUUCUGGUUUCUGUGGUAUGAAUGCAAUAUGUAAUAACACCGUGGGCAGUGUCUACUGCACAUGUGCUCCAGGCUUCAGACUGAGAUCAGGACAAACUAACUUCACUGAUCCCAGUACAGACAGAUGUGAAACUGACAAAUGUUAUGCUGAUAAAUCUAUCUGUGGUGAAGGAGUCUGUAAAAACAGCAAUGAUGGUCAUGAAUGUGAAUGCAACCCAGGAUUCACCAACUAUGGACACAAACAAAUGAAAUGCACAGGACUAAAGUGUGAUACAUGUAGCAAUGAUUUAUCAAAGCAUCCAGAGCUAACAAAUAUCAGCUCUUUGAUGACCAAAACCUAUUUGUCACUGAGUGGAAAGAAAGAAUUGGAUGGCGAGAGCUUUUUAAAGGCUUUUCUGGAUGCUUUAGAUGAUCUGCUUUCGAAGAAAAUGAAAGAGAAUAGUGCUGUGAUAAUUACACAGAUCUUUGAUAUAGUGGAGUCUAUGCUAAAACUGAUAGGACCUAUGCUAAACAACAACCACACCAAGAUGUCAGCCAACCAAACUGAGGUAGAUAUGUGGGUAAAGUGGGGCGGUUCUCCACCCGACGGUCCUCUUAUGAUGUCCGCCAACAGCACACAGUUUAACUCCAACUGGAAAACAGCAACAGGAAAACCACACUUGGGUUUUACAACUGCAGCUCUCCUCGGCUACAAAAGGCUUGAAGAUUCACUCAACAGCUAUUUUGACAAUUUAACGAAACCAGAAAACAUAAAAUACGAGAUUAAUUCGAAGGUAGUAACUGUUGUUGUUAGCAACGCAGAGACAAAGCAUCUACAGGAACCAGUCACUCUCACGUUCUCUCACUUGAAGGAAAUGAAUGUGAACCACACCUGUGUUUUUUGGGAUCAUGAAUUGGGAGAUGGCGGGUGGUCCACACGGAACUGCACCACAGUGAGGUCUGAUGCUAACGAAACCGUCUGCAACUGUACACAUCUCAGCAGCUUCGCUGUACUGAUGGCUCUCUAUGACAUUGGGUAUGUAUAUGAACUGCGUGUGAUCACCUGUGUGGGACUGCCAAUCUCUCUCAUCUGCCUCCUCAUCUGCAUUGCCACAUUUUACCUGGUGCGCUCGAUCCAGUGCACACGCAACACCAUUCACCUUCACCUCUGCAUCACCCUCUUCAUUGCAUACUUCAUCUUCCUCGUGGGUAUCACCCGUACAGAGAAUGAGGUGGGUUGCGCUGUUGUUGCAGGAAUGCUGCACUACUUCUUUCUGUCUGCGUUUUGUUGGAUGUGCCUCGAGGGGGUGCAGCUUUUCCGUAUGGUGGUGCUGGUGUUCAACACGACUGUCAGACACAUCUAUCUGGUUGCUGCCGGGUAUGGAGUUCCCGCUGUUAUCGUCGCCGUUUCAGCAGCAGUCAAUAAAGAUGGAUACGGCACUAAACAACACUGUUGGCUCGACUUGAAAGAUGGCUUCAUCUGGAGCUUUUAUGGGCCAGUUUGUGUCAUUGUUAUUGUUAAUGUUUUCUUCUUCCUCAUAACUAUAUGGAAAUUGGCAGAGAAAUUUUCCUCCCUAAACCCAGACCUAAACAAUUUGCGCAAAAUCAGGACAUUUACAAUCACUGCAAUUGCUCAAAUGUGUGUCCUUGGGAUCAUGUGGGUCUUUGGCUGUUUUCAGUUUGACGAGGCCACGCUGCCCAUGUCAUACAUCUUCACUAUACUGAGCUGCCUGCAGGGGGUGAUGAUGUUCGUCAUACAUUGCUGCCUCUCAAAACAAGUGAGAGACGAGUAUGUAAAAUACCUGGCGAGUGUCAGCACACCACAGAAGAGGAAAUAUUCAGAGUUCAAUUCCAACCAAACAAGCAAAAGCCAGACGUCCAAGAGUGUUCAGAACACAGGCGAAUCCAGCAUUUAAGCUCCUGUCAACAGACUCGCUUUUGCAAGUUUGAGUGCAACAUAAUUUUUUAUUAUUUGUCUAUGUAAAUGAUAAUAUAUGUAUAUGGAUCGUUGUUCAGUUUAAAGAGUUCAUUUGUAUCUGUAAAAUCCAGGCUAAAGUCUCAUAAUCUAAUUGAACAAUCAAAGUUUGAUUUCAAUCACUGAUUUCACUUUAAAUUCAAUCUUUGACUUGACUUGACAAUCUUUGAUGAAUACUCAGUCAGUACUAAAUUGUGUUAGAUAAUAUUUUGUAAAACUAUAAACAGUGUCACUUUUUCACAAAACAAUUACUUGGGUUUCCACAGGUCACAUUAAAGGUGUUGUGUGUAGAUUUUUAGCACCACCUACCAGUUAGACAGUGAAUUGCAACCAACGGCUCAGUCCACAGCUUACCUCUCUUUAGAAAUGCAUAGAGAAGCUACAAUAGCCACCACAGGAAAAUCACGUCAUCGUCUGAGGACCUGUCCACACGUACACUGGUAUUUUCAAAAUUGUAAAUUUUGAAUUUACAUGCAAAUGCAGUAUUACGUGACUGAAACCAAACUUUUAUAAAAUAUUUUUAUAAACUUUCGGUUGCAUCGUUGUUAUGUAUCCUCCGCAGUGGCUUCUGAUUGGUCAAAAUGGCUUUAUGGUUAGGGAUAUAUCGCCAUCUGUUGGAUUGGCAUGCUAUUGCAUCAUUCCGGGUUUUCGCGUGUUUGUGUGGAUGCUGAGAUUUUUGUAACGAAUACGGGAAAAACUGUGUUUCUAAAAAUACCUGUGAGACAACGUAGUGAUGAAAUCCACUCUGUAGAGCAAUUUGUUCGUUUAGAGCUACAUUACGGCGCAAAAUGUCGACUUGCAUGUAAGGGGACCUGCUGUGUAUGUAGAUAAAAACGUCCCAUUCUGAGGUAAUAAAAAAUAUAGUUCAUUUUGUAAGGUCUUUAUACACCACUGAUAAUAAUAUAGUUAGCCCCAUUGACUUCCAUAGUAGGAAAAAAUAAUACAAUGGAAGUUAAAGGGGCCUCGGUUUGGUUACAAACAUUCUUUAAAAUAUCUUCCUUCGUGUUUAUCAGAACAAAUAAAUUAAUACAGGUUUGUAACAACAUGAGAGUAUGUAAAUAAUGACAGAAAUUUUAUUUUUGGGUGAACUAUCCCUUUAAAAGUUCCACAAUGCACCUUUAAAGAGCAUUUGUGAUUUCAAAACCAUGAAAACUGUACAUAAAUUUUUUUGCCAAAGAUCUUAAAACAUGUUUUUAAUUUAUUUUAUAUUUAUGUGCAUUGUUAAUAAAAAAAUCUAUGUCCCCAAUGCUGUUGUUACAACCAUCACACCAAGCACUUUAAAGACAGUUGCAUUUUUCCAACAAAAUCAAACAAAAGUCAUAUACAUUUGGGAUGGCGUAAGAACUAGAGAAAUAUCCCUUUAAUGUAUCAACAUUGACAAAGCAUAGUUUAAAAAAGUUUUCUUGUGCUUGAAUGCCGAGUUCAGUCAUGAAACUAGUCCGUGCGGCUGAUUUGUUUCCAUAAAGCUGGCAGCGAGCCAUCGAUCUUCCCUUCCUAUCAACAUGACCUAUUUAUUUCCGUUUUGUCUUGGUUAAUUUUAAUGCAGUGCACUAUGGGAUUAUUCCUGACCCACCUCCUUCCCCAGCACCACCUGCCUAGAUCUGCUACGAGGGUUCUACCUGUCUGUAUUUAUGUGCAUGAUUCAGCAAAAGCUUUUACUCAAGCCAGCAGCAGCAUAGCAGAUCUAAACCACCUAAAGCUUAUGUACAUAUAAAAAUAGCACAUAAAAAUGCUAAAACUAGAGAGUUGUCAUGAUUUAAAUAUUUUUACUCUUCUGUCAGUGCAGUUGCCAAACAGAGUUUGACUGAUAUGUAUACAGAUGUUGUCAUUAAGACUGUGUGUUUUUCUUGCGGACUGCCACAGAAUACUGGAGACACAUUAAAUAAAUCUUUUUGUCUUCAACGAUUGUUUUAUAUGCUUAUUCAUUAUUAUGUUACAUUUAUAUGAUUUUAAUUGCACAUCAGGUCAUCAUUGAGACAGAAAAAUCCACAAUAAAAUAAGCUAUCAAUUUAAAUUGUAAGACACAAACAUUAAAUAUGCUAAUACAGACAGCUUGUGCGAUUCUUUCUGUGACAGGCAUUUUUAAUGGUCACAUCUGUAUAACAAUUAGACUAAAACUGUUGAUUUAUCAUAUGGAAACUGUUAUACAGUUAUAGUGUUGAUUCAGUAAAAAAAAAAGUUGGAUAAGAUAAAACAGCAUAAUAACUGUUUAUGGCCAUCAUCUACGCCUAAUAUCUUAGCAUAGAUGAUGGCCAUAAAAUAUAACGAUUUUCUUUUGGGUCACAUUUAUGUGUUCAUAUAAGUGUGUGUUUAUUUGUUUUUAAAGAAUAAUCUGUUUAUUAACAGGAGUUUCUGAAAAAUCCUUAUGAAUGGUUUUGGUUUAUGGGGAACUGAUUUAAAUUAAAUUACUUUUUUAUGAAAUUAAAUGUUGAAUGUGCUGUGUGAUGCAUUUCUAUAAGUUAAAGUGAUUUUAUAUGCUUUUAAGCAGGAUGAUCUCUGGCCAUCAUUUUGCACAUAUGGUAAAAACUUGACUCUUUGCAGUAUGCCUUUUACUAUUUAAUGUUAUUUUGCGAUUCUUCUGUUGUUUAAUAUGAGAUGUUCAUGUAUUAAAAAAAUGUUUAUUUCGAAUCUC